UCGAAUGUCAUUACACUCAUGAUUCUACGAUAAUAUUGUUUUGUAUACAACUAGCUUACUACCGAUUCUCACUGUGUAUUUUUCUGUGUGUCUCAAGUUAAAGGUAAACCGUCUCAAAAGUAUGUUGCGCAAAAAGCUAAAGCUCACCGAACUACCCGAAACGAAUACGUUCGGGAGUCGCCCACCGGAAUUCGCCCUCAAGCCAUUCAUCAACGAAUCCAAACCGAGACUGUCUAAAGACAAUUCAGCCACCAUUGAACAAACAGAACCAUCCACUGCUGGAGUUGUCCCCCUCUGGCGCCGAGUCUAUCAACUCGAGCUCGAACUGUGUGAUGCCCUGAAACAAAUCGCGCUCCCAGCCGGUAUAGCAGCCACGUACAAUCCAAUCGAGUACGCGGCCGAAUUGCACCUCGCUUAUAUGCAACGUUUUCUGGACGGACCGAAACCGGUGCUAUUCCUUGGCAUGAAUCCAGGCCCCUGGGGGAUGUGUCAAAGCGGGGUCCCUUUUGGAUACGUACCGGCGGUUCGUGACUGGAUGCACCUGCAGGGUCAGGUGCUGAAGCCUAUCGCAGAGCUUGCCGUGCGACCAGUAGACGGACUGAGCUGUACACGAAGCGAACAAAGUGGCCAACGCUGGUGGGGUCUGUAUCAGAUGCUCUGUGGAACACCGGAACAGUUUUUCCGCAAUUGCUUCGUUUAUAAUAUUUGUCCGUUGGCUUUUUUCCACGCAGGCGGACGGAAUAUCACACCAGCUGAGUUUAAGGGCGCGGCCAAAACUCGCUUCCAACAAGUUUGCACCGAACAUUUGAAGUUGGCUUUGGAUCUGUUUAAUCCAGCGGUGAUAGUUUCCGUGGGUCGAUACACCGAGGAUCGAGUUAAAGCGCUCGUCAAACAGAACCUGCUCGAUGCCAACCGUAUUCAGCUGAAGUGUAUGCCUCAUCCUAGUCCGCGCAGCCUAAACAAUACUAACUGGCCGGAGAAAGCUCAACAGUGGCUCGAGGAAAAUGGUGUCAUGCCGUAUUUGAGGGCGCGAGAAGGUUAGUUUGCUGCGUCCUUUUUCAGUUUUAUUUUUACCCACAUCAAACGAAAUCAGUACAACAUUGAAGAGAGAGAAAAAACUUAGAGGCGAAUGAACUACAAAGUUUGAAGCCUCAAGCCACAAAGAAGAAGAAGAAGAGCAAAAAUGG